GAGAACUUUUCACUCGAACAAAAAUUUAUUUAGGUAAUGUCCAACACCGUCCAAGACGAAUCGCGAUACGCCUACGAAAGAAAUCUAAGUAGGUACAGAUUUUAUACGUGGCGCCAAGUCGCGUUAGUAACAGAGAUCGCCACCAGGCGUCGUGGUAACUUAGGCGCCUCUUGUAUACACGGAGUUUCCAGGCCCUGAACUUAGUCGCGCGCGGUGAACGUUCCGUCCUACCGUCGAAUCUUCGCGCGCGUCCCGUCGAGAGUGACAGUUCGAAAAUUUUCUAUACCCGGAAGACAAAUGCUAUCGUCCGACCCUCGUGUAUCGUUACGCAGCGAAGAACACGACGGGACGCGUAUAACACGGAACUGGUAGAAGCAUCGAUAAGCCGUUUUCACGACGAAAAAGAGCGUGGUUAAUUGCGAGCGGAGUGCGUUCGCGUGGAGGCUGAACAGCGGUGACUACGUUGCGUUGGAACGACACGGACUUCACGGUAUACCGUACAGUCACGUUGCAUCGGUUAAAUAAAACGCGGAGAACCAAGUAUCGGCGGUAUGCCGCGAUGUCAACAACCCGACAGACGAUACAGUGUGCUUAAACGUGACAUUGGUGCGUGCCUAGUGUGACAAACUUUAUUUACAGUGUCUCGAUCGAAACGAAAGCGACGCGCGUUACACUGAUAUACCGGGCAAAUGACAAUUUUCUUCGUUUCGACGAACGAGACGUACGCGUUGUGUCGGUCGCGCGCGUACUAAACGCGUGGCGCGACGCUGGGGGGAGGGAGGGGGGAGAGAGUGAUUCUCAGCGAAACAUUACCGAUCGAAAGAUCAACGCGAAGCAUCGUAUCGCAGCGAAGUGACCGCGUUCGCGAGAACGAGCCGAGGGCAACGCAACGCGGCAGCGUCGAGGCGCGAACGACGCGACGACACCACUCUGACAAUCACCGGCACAUAUUCCAAAUGCGUGUUGACCGGAAGUUGAGGAUCGUCGCAUUGGCAGGGUGGCAGAGGAUGCUCGGCUCGAGGGCAGAGGCGGGAGACGAGGUCGCAGCAGUAGCAGUAGCGUGCGUCAGGCGCUUCGGUAGCAGAGGUUCUCACUGAGCUGGCUUACCCUGCGGUGGAUUUAGGGGGCUGUAUGGAGGCCGGGGGGCUCCUGCCCCGCCAGCCCCCGCAAGGCCCCCCCGGCACCGCGCCUGGCCCCAUUUCGGUCUGCGUGGGCCAGGCUAACAACGCGAACGCGAACAACGUAAACAACGUUAUUGGCCAAUCGGCCGGGAUACACGAUUUGAACGUGACCAGUCAGCAGCUGCAGUUGCAGCAACAAAUGGGUCAAGCACCUGGCAUGGGUGAGGUACUCACCCCCAAGAGACAGGCGGUCGUUGAUCGUCUUCGAAGGAGGAUCGAAAGUUAUCGACGUAGACAGACUGAUUGUAUACCGAGAUUCGAUCAGAGUUUCAACGGUCUCUGCGAGCAGAACAUUCAGGAUACACUGGUGCUGAAACAACGUUUCCUCGAGAGCAAAGCUAAACGCCAGGCGAAGAAAACGGAUAAGAAGCAAAGCGAUCCGGUCGGCCUCUCCAGCGUUCACGUGCAGCAAAAAUUCGUGAAGAGGACGGCCGAGGAGUUGGAGCCAGCCGGUGGUGGUAGCGGAGACGGUGGGUUCGGCGAGCCCCCCGUGAAGCUGCAAUGCACGCAGGCGCAACAUCAGCAUCAGCAGGGUCCCGGUGGAGGAGGUGGUGGCGGGCCUCAUCACGGCCACGGUCAGCAUCCUUCCGGAAACGGCACGAACUCGACGGGUCCGACGCACGGCGGUGGCGGAGGUGGAGGAGGCGGCGGUGGUGGGAACGAAGGUCUGACCAAGUUCUCGGUGGAAAUCGUGCAACAACUAGAGUUCACCACGUCGGCCGCGAACUCGCAGGCGCAACAGAUCUCCACGAACGUGACGGUGAAGGCGUUGACGAACGCCUCUGUGAAGAGCGACCUGCUGAACGCGUCGUCGUCGCCGAAGUCGGGUCCGGACACGCCAGCGUCCGGUACGUCGAGAUCUCAGACCGGCAACGGAAGCGGAGGUGGGCCAGGUUCCGGUGGCGCUGGCACAGGUGGCCCAGCUGCCCCUGGAGGCAUCGGGUGCGUCGAUAUCGGCAACCUGGUUGAAUGCAAACAGGAACCUGAUAACGAGUUCGUCGACCUCGAACAGUGCGCUGCGGCGCUGGAGAAAGACGCUGCGGCGAACGGAGCAGGUUUCCCUGGCUUUUCCGACUUCAUGGGAGACGACACGGGUGACGAGAUCAUCACCUCCGACGCGUUCAAGGAUCUCAUCUCCGAAAUCUCCGACUUCCAUCCGGAGUUCAUGAAAGACUUCGACUUCGAGGAGAAGAUCCCCGUGGACGCGUUGGCGAACAACGCGGUGGUGGCUGCGGCUCGGCGGCUCAUGCUGCCGCGGCGGAACAACAACAACAAUAACAACAUCGCGACGAACAACGGUCAGAUCAAGAUCGAAGACGACAAGGACGCGAUACACCAGCAACACGGGACCAGCAAUAACAACAACGUGAACAACGGCACGGGUUCUAACAACGGCAACUCGAUGCCCGCUAAUUCGAGUCCGGGUAACCUCGGCUCGGCCCAGUACUCCCCCGUUAGAUUACCUUAUUCCGGGCUGGACUUCAAGUCCGAGAUGAGUCCAGCCGCCCAGACCUUAAAGCAGAUGGCCGAACAACAUCAGCACAAGAGCCAACAACUUGGCCUGGGUGGUUUCAACCCCGGAGCCGCCGCAGCCGCCAGAGGACCAACCGCUCGUUCUCCGUACGCGGAAUUCCCGCAAUUCGGCGGCGCGUCCGACUACUUAGGCAGUCCUGGUAGCACCGGUCCUCCCGGCGGACAGUCCCAGACCACUUCCGGCACUGGCUCGUAUCACAAGAACAACGGUACGUCCGGAUUCCAGAGUCAACAGACCAACGAUAUGUUUGUCGGCUCGCAGACCCAGUUCGCUGCAGGACUGGCGGACAUGAAGAGACCGCAACCUGCCACCGGUGGCAAACCGAGCAUGCUUGGCCCAAGCGGAGGAUACAAGCAGCAGUAUUCGCCGUACGGUAGCCCGGGAUCGAUGCCGAAUCACGGCAGCCCCGGUUAUCCGCUUCCACCGAGAGGCUCCCAGGGCGCUGGACCCAAUCAAACCGGCUCCCAGGGACCCUUCACCAGCUCCACGCCCCCGAGACCUCCCUCGGGACCCGGCACCUCCACUCUCCAGAUUAACCAGGCGCAGCAGCUACACAUCAACAAUCCUGGACACCAAAUUCAGGUGUCUGCAGGUCAGCACAUGCAGCUCACGGGUGACCUGAAACCCGGCGUAUCGGUGGCGGCUCAACAGGGCAUGUACUUCAAUCAGCAGCAAAGUCAGAAUCAGUCAGGACCAGGCGGGCAAACCGAUACGUACUGUUCUGUUUCUCAGUCUCAGACGAUCAAUUUCACUCAACAAAGUCUGAGACAAAGAGCCGCAGCUGCAGGUGGCGUUCCGCAGCCUGCAGGGGCUGCAGGAGCUCGCAACCAUCCUCAACAAGUGCCGCAGAAUCAGGUGGAUCAACAUCAGCACGCGAAGCUUCUUCAGCAACAACAACUGAUGCGCGCCCAGCAGGUGAUGCAACAACAGCAACACAUGGCAGGAGGAAUGGGCGGUGUGAGGCCGCCACCACCCGAAUACAAAGCUGCUCAGGCCCAGAUGAUGCACGCUGGAAUUGGCAUGGGUCAGCAAGCAAGGUUUCCUAACACUGGACCUAUGCGUAGGGUUACGCAACAACCGAUGCCACCUUCGGGUCCAAUGUUGAGGCCACAAAUGGCGCAGCAGCAGCAACAAGCGCUACACGCUGCCGGUGGCAACAUGUACAUGGGUGGCGGUAGCAUGGCCGCCAUCGGUGGGAUGCAUCAGAUGCACCAACGUCUCGGAUAUCCUAGAACUAAUAAUCAACGGCCGCCUAACGUCAGCGUCGGUCCUCCAGAUAGCCUCGGGAACAGUAUCGCGGGUCGUGGAGCUCAGCAGGAGUGGCGACACGUUCUGAUGCAGCAACAGGGCUUUCAAACACAGAUGCGAUCGCAAUUCAACCAGCAAGGUCACCAAGGUGGCUUCGGUAUGGGUGGCACAGGCGGGAUGCAGAUGAACGCCGCACAGAUGCAACAUCAACAGCUGAUUCGUUCACAAAGCGGAGGUAUCGGUGGUUCCGGUAUGGCUAACAGCACUCAAAUGCAGCAGCUACUAUCGCAGCAACACCAGCAACAGACAUUAGCCAUGCAGCAGAGUAAUAAUCAGAUGUCACUGCAGAUGCAAAUGUCGCAAUCCUCAUCAGUCAACUCUGUCAGCAGUACCGGAACCGGUUCCCCUCUGCACCCGCACCAGCAGUACGGCGCCGGCAGUCCAGGAGUGCGCAGCCUGCCGCAACAACAACAACAGCAACACUCGCAACCACCGGCAACCACCACGGAUCCGUCCGUAGCCGCUGCGGACUUUAGCCUCGAAUUUCUGGAGAAUCUUCCGACCGGAGACACGUCGAACUUCAGCGCUCAGGAGCUGCUGAAUUCCCUCGACUCAACGGCGGGCUUCAACCUCGAUAUUCUGUAAGACCACGCGUAUCGCGGUCUAUUCGGGAAAUCGAACGUUGUCGGGGUCGGUUGCAAACUCGAUCGCGACGCGAACGCGCCACAUCGAUCAC